GGUAACGACUGUACAGUGAGUUGUAGCGGAAGACUGUGCCAUACUCCGCCAGCUGUAAACGAGCCCGGCUACAGUAAAGCGAAACUGCGCAUGGGACAUGGAGUGUAUUCCAGUAACUAAUGAUGAUUUUGAGGGCAAAAAGGACCCAGUCACAGAGGACCCAGAGCACAAUGUGUACACCAGGUUUAUGAAGUCCCACCGGUGUUAUGACCUUGUACCUACCAGCUCCAAAUUGGUUGUGUUUGAUACAUCACUUCAGGUGAAGAAGGCAUUCUUUGCACUUGUCUCUAAUGGGGUAAGAGCAGCGCCUCUGUGGGACAGUAAGAAGCAGUGCUUUGUUGGUAUGCUUACCAUCACAGACUUCAUUAACAUUCUUCAUCGCUAUUACAAAUCUCCACUGGUUCAGAUAUAUGAGUUGGAAGAACACAAAAUUGAGACAUGGAGAGAGGUGUACCUUCAAGACUCUUUCAAGCCUUUGGUUAGCAUAUCUCCCAAUGCAAGUUUGUAUGAUGCAGUAUCAUCUCUACUGAAGAACAAGAUCCACAGAUUGCCUGUUAUCGACCCCCUGACGGGGAACACACUCUAUAUUCUCACACACAAGAGGAUUCUCAAGUUCCUGAAGCUCUUUAUAUCAGAGAUGCCAAAACCCUCUUUCUUGAGUCAAACCUUAGAGGAUCUGAACAUCGGAACAUACAAGAACAUAGCGGUGGUCCGCUCAGACACACCUCUGUACACAGCGCUGGGUAUUUUUGUUGAGCAGCGAGUGUCAGCGCUCCCCGUUGUGGACGACAAAGGUCGAGUGGUGGAUAUAUACUCAAAAUUUGAUGUGAUAAACCUGGCAGCAGAGAAGACGUACAACAACUUGGAUGUGACUGUAACCAAAGCCUUGCAGCACCGCUCUCAGUACUUUGAAGGAGUGCUGACCUGCCACAGGAACGAGACCCUGGAGGCCAUCAUCAACAGACUGGUGGAGGCAGAGGUGCACAGGCUGGUGGUGGUGGACGAGCAGGAUGUGGUGAAGGGAAUUGUCUCUCUGUCAGAUAUCCUCCAGGCACUGGUGCUUACAGAUGGAGAAGAGGGCACUGCUUGAGGAAAUAAUAGAAGGACAGGCUACACAGUUAUAAGAAGGGGGCCAGAGCAAAGGGAGAGGGAGAGGGGAAUUAUGACAGUAGGUUUUAGUAUCAUCGUCCGUCUCCUGUAACCAGGUUUCCUCUGUUCACACAAGAAGAUGUCCUCCUCUCUGCAAAAAAUAUGACGAUCACUUUUAGUAACACUGCAAUAUAUAUUUUUAGUUGUACGGGACGUAUAGAAGCUCCAGUAAAUCGAGACAAAUUCCAAGUCGCCAGAGAGUGACAAGAAAGAUGCAAAAGCACAAGAAACUUCUGAAGAGGAGCUGAAGCCUCUCAGGAUGACCAGCAUCAUUCCCACCUUUGUGGCUGUUGUGCUGAUCUGUGUCGAGAUCAGCACAACAUUAAUUAUGACUUUGAUUACAAAGGUAUUCCUGAUAAUAUAAUUACCAGAUGAAAUAAGUAGUCAAUUAUCGGCUAAAGGACAACCGAUUCACCUGUAUUGCCUUUUGUUGGCAGCAUUUAAUUUCCACAAUGAGGCCGAAAUUUAGAUGCACAUUGAGCCUGUUUAAGGAUAAUUUUAGACACUGUGUAAGUUUGGUGUGUGCUGUUGUUCUGGCACAUUAGACAUUUGCCUGAGCCCUGUUCUUUGUACAUACAAGUACUAUGAUAUUAUCCAAAUGAUCUUGUUAUUCCUUAUUACGUUAGCUUUAUUAUUUAAAUGCAAACGGAGGAUUGAGCUUGUUAAUCUUUUUUUUUUUUUUUAACUUAAACUAUUACAUUCUUCCAGUUUGCAAAAACAUUUUGAUGGAUAUAUGGUUACUCAAGUGUUUAUCUGUAUGUGUCAUACAUACUGUACAUGCAGUACAGUAUGUACAGUAUGUACAUACUGUACAUGCAGUACAUACAUACAUACAGAAACAAGCCACGUACUACUAUGUUUUCGAGAAGAUUGGAAAAUGAUGUAGUGUAAUUUAUCAUUCAAACACUAGGAUGAUAUUGGAGAUGGUCUUGCUUAUCUUGAAUAAGUGCGUAUUUUUCUAGAUUUCAGCAUCAGGACUGUUAAGCUUCAGGCUCUGGAUAAAUUUGAUCUGAAAUUAAAAAUGGAUUUAUGUCAACUUGUCAACAAUUAACAGUUGACGUAAUUCACCACAGUUACCAGCGUGAGAAGAAUCCAAGGGCUUGGGUUUUAAUCUGUUGUGUAGCCAGAGAGCAAAGUAGCAAACCUGUAACAGCACUUUGGGCUCCCAAGACAACCUCAUUGGUGAAGUCUAGAACAGCACUGAUGGAUCUGCUGUUUGAGACGACCGUUAGUUGUGCUGUAUUCUGUUUGAGUGCACAAAUUGAAUAUUUAUGGGUUUUUUGUUUUGCCAUUUUGUCUGCGUUGUCAUGCAUAACUAAAUGUGUAAUGGAUUGUACAUUUUACUUUAGAGACAACUUUGUUUUUGCUUGUUUUGUUGGAAACACUUAUUAUUAUUAGUAGUGUUAAAUUAGUGUAAUUUGCUUAUUGCUUCUGUGCUUCAAAAUCUCAUCAGUUUUUGGAAAUGUGGUCCAUCACUUGAAAACUAAUGGUCGAAUUAACAGUUUCUGUGUUAUUCAUUUUCUGAUUUAUAUGUUAGUGUUUAUGUCCAUGGCAAAAUAUCAGAUGUUAUAGGUUUAUUUGAUUGUUUUCUGUUCAUUGUGUCUUAGGAUCUUUAUCAAAAUCACUUAAUACCAGCAUUUCCUUUCCAAAUUUCUAAAGAAGAUACAUCAUUCACACACUUCCUGUUUUGGUAUACAUGAAACAGAAUGUGUACAACUCUAUAUAAAUGUACCAUUUUUGUACUAAUCUGCAUUGAGAUUAUAAAUUUAAAGGAUGUGCAAUAAAGAUUCUUUGAG